AUCUACCCCAAUUAGAGAACUGGUAAUCCGACUCCAAAUUUUCACUUUUUCAUCUUUCUUCUCUAAUUUCAUUUUACAGGAGUAGUUAAUUCAAUCAAUUUUCUCCUAAUUUUUUUUACAAAGAUUCUUGAUUUUUCUUGUUGAUGCUUGUGAAGAUUCUUUUGUGGGGAUGAUAUUAUUUUGUAAAUAAUUCCAGCUACUACCUAGGAAAAAGCCAAUCUAUGUUAAAUGAAUAAUGGUGUCUUCGUAAUCUUCUCCUGCAUCUGAAAUCACAAAUCUUGGCCUUCAGUAAUCACUCAUUUUUUAAUUUUUUUAUAUUAUUAGAAAAGGGUCGGUGCUAAUUUUUUUUAUAAAAUUGAAAUUUAUCUUCUUGAAAUAACAUCACUCAUUUUUUUCCUGGAUUUUUUGAGGGGCUUGUUUGCCUCAAGAGGUCUUUAGAGUGGUAGUUCUUCAGUGCAAGCAAGAUGAGAGGAGCUGUAUUCGCAGCGCUUGCUGCUACAAUGGGAAACUUGUUGCAAGGGUGGGAUAAUGCAACUAUUGCAGGAUCAAUUAUGUACAUCAAGAGGGAAUUCAACCUCGAAACACAACCAAAGUUAGAGGGGCUAAUUGUGGCAAUGUCACUUAUUGGUGCCACAGUUAUCACAACAUUCUCAGGGCCGGUUUCAGAUUCAGUUGGACGCCGACCAAUGCUAAUCAUCUCAUCAUUGCUAUACAGUCUUGGUGGUGUUGUCAUGCUAUGGUCUCCUAAUGUAUAUGUUUUGCUAUUGGGUAGACUGUUAGAUGGGUUUGGAGUUGGUUUAGCAGUUACUCUUGUGCCAGUAUAUAUAUCAGAGACUGCACCUCCAGAAAUCAGAGGACAGUUGAAUACUCUCCCACAGUUCACUGGUUCAGGAGGCAUGUUCUUGUCUUACUGUAUGGUAUUCGGCAUGUCUUUGAUGGACGCGCCUAGUUGGAGAUUGAUGCUCGGUGUUCUUUUAAUCCCGUCUCUUUUCUAUCUUGGAUUGAUGGUGUUUUAUCUGCCUGAGUCUCCUAGGUGGCUCGUCAGCAAAGGGAAGAUGAAUGAGGCUAAGAAAGUCUUACAAAGAUUACGUGGCAAAGAAGAUGUUAUUGGUGAGUUAGCAUUGCUUAUAGAGGGACUUGGAACUGGGGAUAAUACUUCCAUUGAAGAGUAUGUGAUGGGCCCAGCAAACGACGAGGAAGUCACUACAGAUAAGGAUCAAAUCAAACUAUACGGUGCUGAGCACGGCCAAUCUUGGAUUGCCAAACCAGUCACAGGACAAAGCAUGCUUGGCAUGGUUUCUCGUUAUGGAAGCAUGGCCCACCAGGGAAGUAUGGCAAACAUGAUGGAUCCUCUCGUCACUUUGUUUGGCAGUGUUCACGAUAAGCUACCCCAAACAGGGAGCAUGAGGAGUGCAAUAUUCCCAAACUUUGGGAGCAUGUUCAAUACUGCUGCUGAUGAUAAUGGUAGACAAGAAAAUUGGGAGGUUGAGAGCCAAGGUGAGGAUACCGCUUCUGAUGUUGAGCACGACGACUCUGAUGAUAAUAAUCUGAGGAGUCCAUUGCUUUCACCUCAUGCCCCUGGUGCAGUUUCUCAAUCAAAUGGCGGCAGCAUGCUGAUGCAAAGUGGUGAAUUAGUCAACAGUACAGGUAUCGGUGGAGGUUGGCAGCUGGCAUAUAAGAAAGCACAAGAUGGAACAGGCGAAUUGAAAAGGGUUUAUCUUCACCAAGAAGCUGGCAUGGGGUCUAUGCGUGGAUCCAUGCGCGGAUCGGUCCUUUCACUGCCUCCUUCUGAUCUUCAUGAUAGUCCGCUUGUCCAAGCUGCUGGUCUUGUGAGUCAGUCCACCCUCAACAUAAAAGAUUUCAAGGGAGAGUCUCCUCUUGAGGAUGGUAAUAUACAGCCUUCAGCAGCUGCUACUACAGGGCCAAGCUGGAGGGAGCUUUUCGAACCAGGAGUUAAGCGAGCAUUGGUUGUUGGGAUGGGAAUGCAGAUACUUCAACAGUUCUCUGGUAUCAAUGGAGUGCUGUACUACACCCCUCAAAUUCUGUCACAAGCAGGAGUAGAUGUUCUCUUAUCAAAUUUGGGGAUUAGUUCAGACUCCGCUUCUCUCCUGAUAAGCGCUUUGACAACAUUGUUGAUGCUUCCUAGCAUAGGGCUUGCAAUGAGGUUGAUGGAUAUCUCUGGAAGAAGGUUUCUUCUGCUAAAUACACUUCCUGUCUUGAUAGGAUCACUAAUCGUACUAGUUCUUUCCAACAUUAUCGAUAUGGGAACUGUGAUACACGCAACAUUAUCUACUAUUAGUGUCAUAGUCUAUUUCUGCUGCUUUGUCAUGGGAUUUGGUCCCAUUCCCAACAUCCUGUGUUCUGAAAUCUUCCCUACUAGAGUCCGUGGUAUAUGCAUUGCCAUAUGUGCUCUUACCUUCUGGUUUGGAGACAUUAUUGUCACAUACUCUCUCCCUGCUUUGCUCUCCUCUAUUGGGCUUGCAGGAGUGUUUGGCAUCUAUGCUGUGGUUUGCACCAUUUCUUGGUUCUUUGUUUACUUGAAGGUACCCGAAACCAAAGGGAUGCCCCUUGAAGUUAUCAGCGAGUUCUUUAACGUGGGUGCGAGGCAAACUGAACCUGAGAAAAAUAUGUGAGCCACAUUCAGAAAUUUAAUUUGUGAAUGAAAUCAUUAAUGAGAAGAGUUUGAUCAACCGAGAGAAAGAACGAAGAAUGGAGUGCUUGGCAUUUUUUGAAUACAAAUUUGAUGAUGCUUCAUGCCUGCAUCAGUACAAGGUUAUUGUGGGGUGUUGCUCUAUUUCAGUUACCCCUUCUAAAUAACAACCGUUCUCGGCGGUUGGAACUCAAGUUUUGUUCUGUUUUUAUUGGUAGCAGCAUAAUGUGUAAUUCAAUUGUUAGUUUAUUUGAGCAUCAAAUCUGUUUUUCUUCAUAUACAGAAUACAGUACUGUUUUUCUUUGUAAGUGGUAAGCUUCACUGGUGUUGCUGAAUUCUAAACAAGUAGAGCAAUUCCAAGAA